CAAGUGCUGCGGAUUGGUCGCGCACCCUCAGAGCCGCCGCUCACCUCCUCCGCUGUCGUCUCGAGCAGCUGCUGUCUUUGUCCCGUCGCCGCUGCCAUGCCACGGGGAAGCCGCAGUGCGGCCGCCCGGCCAGCCAGCCGCCCAGCCCAUCCUCCCGCGCACCCACCGCCCUCUGCGGCCGCCCCGGCUCCUGUCCCCUCGGGCCAGCCGGGCCUCAUGGCACAGAUGGCGUCCACAGCCGCGGGGGUGGCCGUGGGUUCAGCUGUGGGACACGUCGUGGGCAGUGCCCUGACCGGCGCUUUCAGCGGGGGAAGCUCAGAGCCUGCCCAGCCUGCUGCCCAGCAGGCCCCCGCCCGUGCUGCCCCCCAGCCCCUACAAAUGGGGCCCUGCUCUUAUGAGAUCAAGCAAUUCCUGGACUGCUCCACCACUCAGAGUGACCUGACCCUGUGUGAGGGCUUCAGCGAGGCCCUAAAGCAGUGCAAAUACAACCACGGUCUGAGCUCCCUGCCUUGAAGAGUCCUCCUCGGCCCCAGCCCCUCACCGACAGCCGGAACAUGAUGAGAUUGUUGUACCUGGGAGAGGAAGGUGCGGGUUUCUUACCCCACAGACAACACAAGAUGCAAAUGUGCAAUUAAAGAGUUUAUUUUAGACCACA